AUCAGCGCCACUUGAUGUUGCUUCAGCUUCCCGCGGACAUCCAGCAGCUCGUCUUCAAGCAGCCCGGCCUCGGCCCGCGCGAGCUGGCCUCCCUGGAGGCGACGAGCCGCGCCGUGCGCGCGUUGAUCGACGAGGACGUCUGGCGGCAGGCGUUCCUGCAGUCAUGCAGACACAACGCACUCGGCCACCCUUCAUCAUUCAAGGUCGAGUUCAAGCGGCGGUCGACGUGGAGCCGCCGGUGGAAGACGCUGCCGGACUGCGCCCCCGGGACGGUCGGCGCCAGCGCGCCGCUGCCGCUGCAGGCUGCGGCUCGGCUCUGCUCGGUGCGGGCGCCGCAGAAGCUGCGCCGCUUUGCACUCAAGGUCAUCGCGUCGCUUCCGCAAGCGCACCCGCCCAAGGCGGAGGUGCUCGUGGUGGACGGGUCGGGCCGCGAGCCCGGCUCCUUUCCGACCAUCUCCGCCGCGCUCCGCUGCGCCAAGCCCUACGACCGCGUGCUGAUUAGGAGCGGGCGGUACGAGGAGCGGCUCGCGAUUGACAAGCCCGUCGAGCUCGUCGGCGAGGACCCCGCCGGCAGCGUCGUCCUCGUCGGAGUGAACGGCCCCGCAGUCGAGGCGUCGAGCCGCAUCCCUUGCCGCGUCGCCAAGCUGACGAUCCAGCAGCAGUCGCGGCACGCGGCGCCGGCCAUGUCGGGCGCGGUGAUCGCCAAGGGGGGCGCGACCCUCGUGCUCGAGGAGUGCGUCGUCUCCUCCCAGACGGGCCACUGCGUUGUGGUGCAGGGCCUGUCGACAAACGCGUACGUGCUGCACAACCACAUCUCGCGCGGCAAGGGGGUGGGGGUGCUCGUGUGCGACUACGGCAAGGGCGUCGUCGAGGACAACGAGAUCUCGCACAACGGCCGCGCCGGCGUCGCCAUCCUCUCUUGCGCAGACCCCCAGGUCCGCUCCAACAAGAUCCACGCCGGCCUCGACUCGGGCGUCCUCGUGUCCGAAAAGGGCCGCGGGCGCGCGAACGACAUCUUCGCGAACCGCCGCGCCGGCGUCGCUAUCCUCAAGGACGGCGAGCCCCUCGUCCUCUCCAACCGCAUCCACGACGGUCGCGACUCCGGCGUCCUCGUCUGCGAAAACGGGCAGGGCCUCGUCAAGGACAACGAGAUCUUCGCCAACCAGAUGGCGGGCAUCGCCAUCGGCCGCGGCGGCGCCUCGCGCGUGACCGGCAACACGAUCCGCGACUCCAACGGCGGCUCGCUCUGCCUCUCGAUGCACUCGCGCGGCGUCAUCUCCGCCAACGUGAUCCAGCUCGACGGCCGCGCGACUAUGCAGGACAUCCUCAUGGACGAAGAGCCAGACUACAUCGAGCUCUGA